AUGUGCGAGACCUGUUCCCGGAUCUUCACACGGCUGUAUAAUCUGAAGUCGCAUAUCCGCUCGCAUCAAGGACUGCGACCGUUCAAUUGUAAGACCUGCGAUGCGUCUUUUACAAGGAAUCAUGAUCUGAACAGUAGACACCAGCGAACUCACGUCAACGAAAAGCCCUACACAUGUCCCAACUGCAACAAGAACUUCUCUCGGAAGGACGCACUACGGCGGCAUCAACGGCAAGAUGCAACCGGCAAAAAGAACGUUUGUAUUCCUCAAUUACAGUCAGCAAUAUCCGAGCAAUCCUCCGUUCCGACUGCUUCAAUACCGGAGCUCAUCCCUGAACCUGAGCACAUCCCACAACCAGACCUGAAUUCACAAUCCGAGCUCAUCGAACAACCCGACAUUCAGCCAAUCACAUCUAUCGCCAGGCCCCAUGGUGAUCUUGAAUCAUCUUCCCCACUUUUGGUCACCUCACGCUCUGCAUUGCCCGCUUAUGGCACCUGGACAGCCUCUCCGCCGUCCCAACCUCCUCUGUUAAUUCAACCCCGCGACGGCUUCUAG